GGUUCCAAAAUGCUACCCUUCAAGCCAUUUCCUCAAGAUGAGUCUAAGAGCACUAUCUUCAGCUCUUGUUACAUUGGUUUUUGUGCUGUUGCUGAUCAAAAUAGAGGGAAAUCCAACACCAAAAGAAGGGCAUGAGAAUGUCACUGAUGCCUCAUCUUCUUCAUCAACAUCAUUGAUGGAGCUGAAAGAUGAAAACCAAAUCAUUGGAUGCAGGGGAAGACCACUUAUAUGUAGCAGAGGAGAGUUUCCACCAAGGUCUAUGUGCUGUGGAGACCGUUGUGUGGAUGUGACUUCAGAUAGAGAAAACUGUGGGUUAUGUGGGGUUAGGUGCACAUUUAAUCGUCAAUGCUGCAACCGUUUGUGCUUAAACACAAAUUUGAACCUUUUCAACUGUGGUAGGUGUGGAAGAGUAUGCCCCUUUGGGAGGUUAUGCGUAUUUGGAUCGUGUGCCUUUGAGCAAGCAGUGCCAUCACCACCACCAGUGUCGCCCGUGUCGCCAUCACGGCCUGUGUCACCGUCACUGCGACCACCAGUAUCAGUAUCACCAUCACCAUUGUUCCCUCCGGUGUUCCCUCCGGUGCCUCCAGCGAAGUCACCGCAGCCACUGGAUUACCAACCUGCAAUGGAUUAAGUAUUAUUGUAAUGGGGUCUCAUGGUUACCUCCCCCCUGGUUUGAAGUUUGUGUUUUUGUUAUUUUACAAUAAGUAUUUAAGCCUUUAAGGUUUUCAUGUGCAACUGUUUGUGUUUCACGAUGUUGCAGUUACAUAUGAUGCUUUCUAUGUUAGUAGAAAAGCAUGCCAAUUUUAUAUGAGAAAGAACAAAGAACAUUAUUACCGAGUAA